GAAUAAGUGAAGGAAUGUUUUAAUCCGACGAUAUUAGUGAAAACCAUAGAGCAAUAAUUAAUUACUCCCAGGGUGAAAAUCUAUUAUUUUGAUAUUUUCGGUCUAUCAAGGCUAUGACGUUAUCCUAUUUUUGUGUCAAAUAAGUGCCAGAAUGGGGCUAUUUGUUUCGACAACACAAAAUUUGUAAGAUGAGAAUAUUUUCUUAUAAAACAAAGUACUUAAUUUUGGCAAUUCUCUCAAAUUAUAUAUUACAAUUCCUUUCUUACGUGAUUUACUGUGGCGAUUUGAAAAAGACCUGCUACCUCUAUUCCUAGAUGACCGAAAUGGGCACAAAAUCUUGCAGCCAGAUCGAAUCCGACAGGAUGGUAGAAAUACUGAAAAACCAAUUGUAUUUCGCAGUCAUUAGAGGAUUAUCGGGUAAAAAAGUAAAAACCACGGACGAUGCCUUGUAUUUUUCGAUAGAUGAUGAAUUUGAGUAUCAAAAUUAUUAUUACGAUUUUGGCCCCUACAAUAUUUCUUAUCUAUACAAGUACUGUGUCAAACUGAACAAGUAUUUGCAGUACUCUCAAGGUCAGAGAAGGGUUGUUCACUGCACCAGUACCAACGCAGAGAAGAAAGUGAACUCGGCAUAUCUCAUUGGAAGCUACUGUAUUAUUUAUUUGAAAAUUCACCCUGCAGAAGUUACUAAAUUGUUAAUGAAAGCAGGACCGUACAAACAAUUCAUGGACGCAUCACAAAUCCCUUGCCCAUUCACUAUUAAAUUGGAGUUUUGUUUCAACGCGAUCUCCAAGGCCAUGGCCUUCAAUUUCUUCAACUUCGAUGAUUUCGACGUCACCGAGUACGAUAUGUACGAAAAGUUGCAGUUCGGCGAUAUGAACUGGCUGGUUCCUCGAAAAUUUCUCGCCUUUAUUGGACCCAACAGUAGCGAAUUCCUCAGUGGGCAUCCCCCCGAUUAUUACCUAAAAUAUUUCUUGAAGAACGAUAUCAAGACAGUCGUGAGAUUGAAUAAUAAGAUGUACGACUCGUCAGUUUUCAUCAACGCUGGAAUAGCCCACUUCGAUCUAAUCUACCCUGAUGGAUCAACGCCCUCUAAAGACAUCCUAAUGAAAUUCCUGCACAUAGCAGAAACGGCACCAGCGGCUGUAGCGGUACACUGCAAGGCUGGCUUAGGAAGAACUGGUUCCCUAAUAGGCGCUUAUAUCAUAAAGCACUAUAGAAUGACAGCGAAAGAGGCGAUAGCUUGGAUGAGGAUCUGCAGACCUGGAUCUGUGAUCGGUCAACAGCAGAUCUGGCUGGAAAAACUGGAGCCUUGGUUGUGGAAAUGCGGUACAGAAUAUAGAUCCAAACACUACGGCGAAGGCGAAAAGAUACCACGUCACAAAUUCGGAAUCUACAGCAAAAUUUGGCCGGUCGAACGGAACAGAAUACUGCGAGAGGCCAGGAGAAAAUACUCGAACCAGCAGUAUUCCGUCAGCGAUCCGGAACACCUUGCCCAAACCAACAAAAAGUUCAGCUCUUCGACGAUGCGCACCAAACCUCCAUACUUUCGAUUCAAGAUGAAGAACGUCAAGGAGAGCAAUUGCUUCGAAGAUAUAUCCGACAUGCUGACCACCGUGUACGGCCUUGAUAAGAGCAAGAGCAGGCAGCAAAAUCGGACAAUGCCGAACAUACGGAUGUUGGCCACUGCCGAGCCUAGGCGACAUUCUUCGAGAAGAUCGUACGGUCAGGUUCAGCGACAUGCGACCGCUGAAGAUUUUAGCUGUAAGAACGAACCUAUGGUGAGUGGUCCGUCAUCUCCUUCCAACCUUAUGCACAGGCCACAGAUGCCGGAAACCGAAUCGCAGGGAGACAGCCAGUAUAACGAACCCAACGAGGAAGAUAGAUCCAGCGCGAAGGACCAGCAGAACCCUAUAAUCGUUCAGGUGCCGACUAGACACGGAAACUCCUUCACAGUGGACACCGACACUGACACCAGCAACUACGUCCAUAGCUACAUGGAGGAGAAGGCCAGAAGGAGGGCUCUUUCGGGCAAGAUCAGGGUGACGCAGGGCGAUAAGCUGCUAGAGCGGAAGGUCUUCAAGAGUGGCAACUUGAUCCGUUUGAGACACACGUCCGAAGGUGUUGUGCAUGACUCGGACCGGCGACAAGGAGUGGGGGGUGUUUUUAACAGUACGGCGACUAUAAACGACGAGUAUUCCAAGCAGUAAUGAAGAUUUUUCGGAAAUAAUUUAGUGGAAGGUCAUUAUUUUCGUUUUUUUUCCUUGGUGUAUCUUUUUUCAUAGUGGGUACGUUUUUUAAAAUGAGGCUGAUAAUAAAAAGUGUUUGGUCUAAUAAAGAAAGAAGUUGUCA